AUGACUACGCCCUCGUGCAGCGUGUACGAUAACACGCUUGGCGGUACCCGGCCGCGGCGCCACAUCGCUCCGCAGAUACGCACUGCCGGCCUUGUCGUUGGACGCGACUGCGGCACCGUCGCGCAGCUGACGUCGAAUUAUUACACCUCCGGCUGCGUCACGCCAGACCUUGUCAAGUCCUACAGACGCGGCGGCGAAGUCGGCCGAACGUAUCGCCACUACGGUAUCGCGCGCGAUCCACCCGUCGAUGAAUCCAUACGCCACGGCGUCAAGAACAGUGCCGGUGAUAGUGCGCUUUUGUGUUUGCAGCCCGACACGAAUCGUUUGUCGGCGCUGAUGAAUGAGCAGCUGGAGCGCAUGUAUCUUUCUUCCAUUCGCCGCCCCCUCGGCCACGCACCGGCACCGCCAUUCGAGGUGCCUGUCCCACGCGAUGGGUUUGGCGUGCGCUCAGACCCGAGUGAGAGCGUCAAGCGAGUCAUGUAUGGCGGCAAAGACGUGGAAGUUCUUCACCCCGCCGGCGAGCGCAAGGAUCGCGGCUACGACUGGGAGGGCGCCGGCAUCGACCCCACGCAACACCGCUUCGGGAAGAUUUUUGCGAAGGAAGGCAUGACAUCGGCGGAUGUGAUGUGUGAGAAUCGCCCCGUAUCGAAGGUGUUUCCGAAGCUGGUGGAUGAUUACCAAACGGCGGUGAAGGUGGAGCUCGGUAAACCGCGCUCGUACGGCUUUGAUAACUCCGCGUUCGAGGCAACGGCGGAACAGCGAGCUGUGCGGCGUUCACGCCGGGGGGAUGGGGACGCCGCACGUGCCCUGCUCAGCAGCUGGGCGCAGCACCCUGCCACACUGAAGGCGCUCGAGGAGCGUGCCAGCACACGUGCCGCGGCCUCCAAGGCGGGUUCAAUAGAAGAUGCCACCACCACCGGCGGUGGCGACGGCGAGUGCCGUUCAAGGUUUGCGUGCACGUUUGGCGGGAAACAGCCUGGCAGGUCAGUGGCUCUCACGGCGUUGGACGACGAGGCGCGUGUGCCGCAUCUUUUGUAUCCGUCCCAUUAUGUGCAACUCGGCGUGGCGUCCGAGUACUUUGCAGGCGGUCGUCCGCUUGAAGACAUACGGCGACUCUGCAAGAAGCUUGACUUCGGACUCAGCGAUAAGCAAAUCGAUGAGGUCUUUGCAAGCAUCGCCCAGGAUGGCCUUUGCGGCGUCGAACAGUUUAAAAACAAGGCGGUGGCGAUGGGGUACUUGGCGUAG